GCAAACCGCCUCGAGGCCUGUGCCUGACGACUCCCUAGCUCUGGCAAGCGUCGCGCCGGAGCUCCCCAAGAUCAUACGUGGAAGCAUCCAGAAGCCUUCAAACUUUGCACCUGGCGAUCCGUUCGCCAGCACGCACAAUGGCAUCAGAAUGGUCUCAGCCGAGAGGCGAAAGGACAUGCUGACGUCAGUGGAGGACGCUGCUGCGUACACAGAGGACUUCAAGGUCUGCUGCCGCCGAAAGUAUAGCAAUUUGGCCAGAUGCUGGCGGUUGCUCUUGGACACCGGAGGUCUCGGUCGUGUCUCCUUCGUGCCCUUCUGUCGGGCAGCGCGGUCGAUGGGCUUCACCCACAUCUCCACGCUUUGGAAGCAGCUGGAUACGAACAACAGCGGCUUCAUCACACUUGAAAGCUGGGAUCCAACCUCAUACAAGAGCUUGAUGCUGUUCCGGAGGAUUUGCCUGAGAGAGUUCGGCGGCCUCCGGGAAGCUUUUAAGUUUGGUUUGGACAGAACUGGUUCCGGAACCUGCACAAAGAAGGAAUUUCGCCAGUUCCUGCAGGAGUUCGAGUUUGGCGGUGACCCGGGAGCUCUGUGGGCCGCUUUAGACGAGAAUCAGGACGGGGCCCUCACAGCGGAUGAGCUGGACUUUCUGUCCCAAUGGCAGGGCGAACGCUACCGGCCUGAUGAGGUCGAGCGGCAGUUCAAUCGCGGUCUCAAGCGUCUGCUGCUGUGUAGACGCAACAAGAUGGAUUCAAAUGGGAACUCCCUGAGAUCAUCCUUCAUCUCGUCCACGCGAUCCGUGAAGCACUAG